AUGUCAAAAAGAUCGAAAAGUGAAAAUUUGUCUUCUUCAUUAAAAGAUGUACAGAAUGAGAACAUUGCAAACCUUAUAGUCAUGCCGAAAAGGUCAAAGAUUGAGUCUUCGUCUUUCGGCAAGCAACCUUGCAAUACAAACAUUCCGCAUGACAUGGUCAAUGUUACAACAGAGGCGUCCAUUGAAUAUGGAGUUUUUGACCCGAGACUUCUUCAAAAUGACUGCAAAGAGAGACGGAGGUUAAGGAAAUUAUAUUUAGACAGUAAAAGAUCUACAAGUCUACAACGACGAAAAUUAUACCCUUCCAAUACUUUAUCAUCUUCUACUGAUUUAAGAUUGAUAUCUUUCAACACGCACAAUGUUACUCCUACAACGUCGGUUGUACCUACAAGUAAUGUUAGUUGUCUUACAAACAACUUGACUACUCCAAUAAACAUUCGUCGUUUUUCUCUAUCUUCAAACAUCACAAAUUCUAGCAACACAUCUACUAUUCUCGAAAGUUCUUCUUUACAGAGGAUGUCGCCAGGAAAACGUAAGUUAUUAAGUAAAUCACGAGUUACAUCUCCUAUACCAAUGAUUGACUUGACGACAGAGGAAACUACAGAUGAUGCAAUUUACAAAGGAGUUUCAACAGAUUAUUUUGAUCAUGGUGACCAAUGUAUUACUUGUGAAGUAUGCAAUGCUAAAUUAUGGGAUGCUGAAAAAGGAAGGGGAAGAAAAGAGAAAGGAAGAAUAUGCUAUUUCUUAUGUUGUGGUUAUGGCAAAGUAGAGCUACCAGAUUAUAAAGAUGUUGUUCCAAGUUAUAAGAAACUUUUUACGUAUAAGGAUAAAGAAAGCAAACAUUUUUUGCAUAAUAUUCGACGGUAUAACUCCAUGUUUGCUUUCACGUCAAUGGGUGGUAAGGUUGAUCCCACUGUUAACAGAGAUUCCGAAAAUCAGUUGGUAAAAGCUUAUAGGAUGGUUAGAGACUGUUUUCAUGAAAACCCUGAUCUUAAUCUCAAGCUUCGUCUAAUUGGUAUUAGAGAAAAGGAUGGACGAACGUAUAAUUUACCAACCUGUGGUGAAGUUGCUGCUCUAAUUGUGGGGGAUAUUGCCAACACAAUCAACAAUAGAGAUAUAGUUAUUGAAACGCAGACAGGUACUUUGAAACGAAUUAGUGAAUUGCAUCCUUCAUACCUUGCACUUCAAUAUCCUAUUUUAUUCCCUUAUGGAGAUGAUGGUUACAGAAUUGACAUCCCUCAUCGAGGUGUCGUAGACGUAAUCAAUAAGAAACGUCCAAAUUGUACAAUGAGAGAGUUAUUUGCAUAUCGUGUGCAAGACAGAAUUAAUCAGUUUUCAUUGAUUCUAAAUUCAAGGAGACUCUUUCAACAAUUCUUGGUUGAUGCGUAUACUAUGAUUGAGAGCGAAAGGCUUAACUACAUACGACUUCAACAAAAGAAUCUAAGGUCAGAUAGCUAUGAAAGUCUAUGUGAAUUAAGAAAUAAGGGCCAGCAAGACAUAUCUAAGGUUGGAAAACGAAGCUUUUUGCCCUCUUCGUUUACCGGUGGCGCUAGAUAUAUGAUGCAAAAUUAUUUAGAUGCCAUGGCUAUCUAUAGGCCUGAUAUACUGAGCAGAUUGUUUAAAAUAAAGUUGGAUUCAAUUUGCAAAGAUUUUAAAGAACGCCAUCUAUUUGGAAAAGUUGCAGCAGUUGUUUACACAAUCGAGUUUCAAAAGAGAGGAUUGCCUCAUGCCCACCUAUGCUUAUUCUUAGAAAAUGAAUCCAAACUUCCAACGGUAGACCAUGUUGAUCCAUUUAUAACUGCAGAAAUCCCUGAUGAAGAUGAAGAUGCAAAAUUAUAUGCACUUGUGAAAGACUAUAUGAUUCAUGGUCCAUGUGGUAACGCUAAUUUAAGUUGUCCAUGUAUGGUUGACAAUAAGUGUUCGAAGGGUUUUCCAAAGAAAUUUCAAGAUCAUACUACACUGGAUUCAAAUGGAUUCCCAAUAUACAAAAGAAGAGAUAAUGGUGCUUAUGUAGUAAAAAAUGGAAUCGACUUAGACAACCGAAGUGUUGUGCCAUACAACAAAAAACUUUUGAAACGGUACCAGGCACAUAUAAAUGUUGAGUGGUGCAAUCAAGCCGGAUCAAUUAAAUAUUUGUUUAAAUAUAUAAAUAAAGGCCCUGAUAGAGCAACCGUUGCUGUUGUCCAACAUGAUAAUAACAAUGAAGAACUAGAACAAGACGAGGUCAAAGAAUAUUAUGAUUGUAGGUAUCUAUCGGCUUGUGAGGCAUCUUGGAGGAUCUUCGCCUACGAUGUGCAUUACAGGACUCCUUCUGUUAUGAGGCUGCCUUUCCAUCUUCCCGGAAAACAACCUGUUGUUUUUGGACCCGACGAGGAUAUUAAUCAAGUCCUUAACAAACCAUCUGUCAAAGCUUCAAUGUUUCUUUCCUGGAUGGAACGUAACAAAGACCCGAAUGACACAUUGGCCCGCACACUUACAUAUGUUCAGUUUCCAAGUUGGUAUGUAUGGAAGCUUGAUAAACGUUGUUGGGAACCUAGACAAAGACAUAAGUCAAUUGGGAGAAUUCACGCUGUAAGUCCGUCUCUUGGGGAAGCAUAUUUUUUAAGAAUUCUUCUUAACAAAGUGAAAGGACCAAAAUCUUUUGAUGAUAUUAAAACAGUUGAUGGUAAGGUAUAUGAUACAUUUAGAGAUGCAUGUUAUGCACUCGGUCUUUUGGACGAUGACGCAGAAUACAUUGAGGCAAUCAAGGAAGCAAAUGAAACAGGAUCCCCUUCGUAUCUUCGUAAUUUAUUUGCUACUUUGCUAUUAACAAAUACGUUAUCCAGACCAGAGCUUUAUCAAUUCCAGAUGACCAGCUUAAAAACUACGUUUUGA